AGGAGAAUGUAUGGAACGGCCGAAAGGCAAAAAGGAAAAAGGACUACCCGGUGACUCGCUCUAUAUAUACUGCAACUAUCCGAGGGUAUGUCCAGUGCACGGUACGCGUCUCGUCCGUCAGCUUCAGUCAGCAGAUCGAAUCCUAACCACGUGCAACAAGUCCGUUUUACGCCGUUUAUCCCAACCGCCGGACCUUCUCCAGCAGGAUCUCUUUAAGAUCAGAGUUUGUCGCGUCCGGGUUCAGAAACGUCGCAUAAUUCGCGCAGCACGAUGAAGGGAUUUGCGGUAAUCGGUCAAUCGUCGGUCCAUCGUCAGCAGGCCCUGUUGCUGCUGCUGCUUCCUCUUCUUCUCGUCGGCUCCGUUGUCGGCGAGAUCGAGAGACGUACCUCGAAACAAAUGGUCGAGGAAUCUCCGGAGACUUUAGCCUCUACCCUGAGCAAGGAUUGUGGCAAGUCCUACAGUGCCACUUGCCUGAAACUAGACGUGGUGUCCUUCCUGGAUAGAUUAUCUGAACAGGAAGACAUCAAUAUCCUACCGGGAGUGUCGGUGAUCAAAGAAAAUAGUUCUGCCAGUAUGCCAGCUUCCGAGGUUGUCGCCAAUCUGGCUAGGGAUUUCCCUAACGACGUGGAGAAGAGACUCGACGCGUAUCUGGUUCACAAGGUCGGAAGCUACCUGAACAGUCACUCGAUAUCCAUCAAAUUGUUCGAUCCCAGGACCUUCGAGGCUGCUAGGAAUUUUAACGAGGAAACGUUGGCUCAACUUGGCCUUGGCGGUGGACAAAGUGUCGGAACUGGACGUAAGAAGGAGAAGGGCGGUAUGAAUGGUUUAUUCGCUGGUCUGAUGAUGAUGAAGGGUACUCUCGGCGCUAUCGGUUUCGGUGCUCUUGCCCUACUCGCCGGAAAAGCUCUGAUGACCGGCCUGAUGGCCCUCAUGUUAUCAGCCAUCGUUGGUUUGAAAUCUCUGGCCGGUGGUGGCGAAAAGAAGACUACCUACGAGAUUGUCAGUAAACCCGUAUACUCGAGUUCUCAUACCCACAGCUCGGAGGAGCAUCACGGUCACGGCUAUGGACAUUCCGGAUACGGAAGAUCCUUGGACACGAUCCACGACAGCGUCCAGCAGGCCGUUCUGAAAUAUGGCAACGCGCGGGAUCGUCGAUCGCUAUUCCGGCAAAAUUAACGAACUCGUGAUCGGAGGAGCCGCCAGCGAGGAGCAGCUGGUGGCACGCGAGAGAUCUAGUAGCACGUCUCUACCUCACCGAGUCCACUUUGUUUCCGUUUAUCCUCUUUUCACACUUCACGGUUCCUUUCAAUCUGUAUCUAGCUCCUACUCCACCUCCACCUCUUCAUCACGCUCUCCACCGCCAUCAACUAUAUUUCUCCUACUCCUCCUUCACGUCUCUCCCAUCUUUAACUUCGUUUCGCUUUCUUGUUGCUCGCGCCUCUGUCCGUCACUUCAGUCACAUCGCCUGGUCUCAUUUCAUCGCCCCGUCUCUCCACCAUCACCAUCACCAUCACCACCAAUUUAUAUUCGUAGAUUCGUAGGUAUUUAUUUGCCAAGCAUGCUCCCACGUACCUCUACUCCCCACGGUCACACGGCUCGAGCUGGUCGUCGUUGCACAUGGACCAUUUUCGUAUCAUGUACAUGAUUUCUCCUUUUUGUUAUUUAUAUGUAUUUAUGCGCAGUGUAAAGUUUUAAUAAAUCACGUUUUUAAGAAGCUC